AUGGGAAGUUUAAACAAUCAAGAGGAAUCGAAGAAUUACCGAACAACGUCGAAAACGGAAAUUGAUUUAAGGGAGAUUGGGAGAAAAUUGCGUGUUGAGCAGAAGUGUAGAUGGCUUGCUGAUGCUGUGUCACAAAAUAUAGACGGAGGAAGUACCGAGAUGGGCGAUGGAAAGUGUUCUGAUUUGCGGAGAAAGGCGGAUGAAGGUGAGUUGCUGAAGUUGUUGAAGAUUACCGGAGGAGUUGAUGCCGCCGUCGCCGUGGAGUACCAACGACUCCAUUUCUUCAUCUUGGGAAGCGCGAAGAAUGUGAUCUUGGUUCAUCAUUUUAUUUCUUCGAUUCGAUUCAAAAACUACAGAUCCAACGAAAGGGAUUUUCAGAGUUUCAUGGUGGAGAUUGUGAAGAAGAUGAAGAGGGUUGUGGUGGGUUCGAUUUUCGCCAUUGGAAGCAACGAUGAGUGGAACUGUGGGGAGAAUUAG